AUGAGAGGUUUCGCAAGAACUUUGCAUCAAGGAACUCCUACUACUCUUCUUUGGUUGCCAAAUUGCCAAAGAUUCCGUAAUAUGUCGAAUUGGACAAAGUCCUUCCGAAGUCUCUCAUUCGAUGAGAGGUCUAGGAGGAACUUCGUCACAAAGUAG